AUGGCUAAGAGAUUGUUGCAUAUGUUGUUUAUUUUCCUAGCCACAUUUUUGGCCAUGGUUGGAUCAAGUUUGAAUAUGGAACCAGUAGUACCUGCAGUUUACAUCUUUGGAGACUCGACUCUUGAUGUUGGUACCAACAAUUUCUUGCCCAAUUCAACAUCCAGGGCAGAUAUGAAAUUUUAUGGGAUUGAUUUUCCUUUCUCAAAGCCAACUGGGAGGUUUAGCAAUGGAUAUAACACUGCUGACAGAAUUGUGAACUUACUAGGAUACAGUGAGAGCCCACCACCAUUUCUUUACCUUGUCCAAAAUGAUACAGAACAUUUCAACAGCGAAAUUCUUAAAGGUGUCAAUUUUGCUUCCGGUGGAUCAGGACUUCUGCACGAUACAGGAAAAAGACCCUACACGCAUGUUAUACCUAUGGGAGAACAAAUCCAACAGUUCACAACCGUUCACGACAAUAUCUCACAAUAUCUGAAUGGCACUGGAGAGGAUAGAAUUAAUAAAUCUCUGUUCCUUAUAAGUGUGGGAAGCAACGAUAUAUUAGAGUUCUUUUUGUAUAAUGCGAGUAAUUCCAACAAUAUCACGCUGGAGUUGCAGGAUUUACUCACCUCUCUAAUGAUUAUUUACCAAACCCAUCUCGAGAGUCUAAUCAACCUUGGAGCUAGAAAAUUUGCUAUAAUAAGUGUUCCUCCUCUGGGUUGCGUCCCAAUCCUGCGUGCCAAUGCAAGUGCUCCUUGUGUGGUCGAGGUUAAUGUGGUUGCUAAACUCUUCUACGUAGCAGCGUAUGGUUUACUGCUAAAUUUGAGCUCAGAGUUCCCAGACAUGAAGUACUCCCUUGGAAAUGCAUUUGAUAUUACAUUAACCAUGAUAGACAACCCUGCUCCAUUUCGUUUGGAAGACGCAAGAUCAGCUUGCUGCGGAAAUCAAACACUGGUUGACGGGCUCCCGUCAGGAAUCCCUUGCAGCCCUGAUGCUGAAUUAUGUGAAAAGCGCAAUCGAUUCCUGUUUUGGGACCAGUUCCAUCCCACGGAGUAUACCUCCAAGCUAGUUGCACUCAGUCUCUAUAGUGGUGGAAGUGAAUAUGUAACACCCACGAAUUUCAGUCUACUGGUUCAACCAUGA